AAAGGCAAACCAAAAAAGAGACCAUAUAGAGAUGAAAGCACAUUAACAAAUGACCAGAAAGCCAUUUUGGAAGCUCUUAAGCAAACAGGAAACCCAGCACUUAUAGAAAGCUUUUGGAAAGAUAAUGGUGAAAAGAAGUUUUAUAAGAAGAGAAGCGGUCAGUUCUGGAAGUAUCUUUGCACAUUACCUAUAAAUCUUGAACGCUACCAAAUCUUCAAUGAACUGAACAAAAGAACUGCAACACUUAUGACAGAAGAUAACUGCUUCGUUUAUGCUUGCAUUCAGGCUGGAGUAAAUGAAGAAACUAUUGACCACAUGAGAGAAGUCAUUCGUGUUAGAGACUUUCCUCAAAGUAAAGUACAAGAAAUUUCUGACGCAACAGGUAUAGCAUUUAAUGUUACCAUUGGUUACUCCAAUGACUCAUGA